AUGAUCCCAUUCGCAUCGGCGUGUCUGGUGACCGCAUUCGACUGUAACAUUGGUUACAAUUACACUUUGGAGAACCACUUUGACGUUACUACCAUGGAUGAAGAGCUAGCAUCAUUUAAGCCCCCGGACAAUCUUUACGAUGCCGUGGCUCGUGCCUGGGAUUCACGUAAUUGCCCACAUACUCAGGAUUUUUGUCAGAAACGACCUCGUUACCUCGCUGACCUUGGCUAUCGCCUUCGUCGUUCGUCUUACGAAGAGAGACGUGGUGCUGUGUCUGUAAGACCAAGUGAAGUUAACUCCCUGCGCUCCUACCCCCUGUCUCUGGACUGUGAGGAUUUUCCAGCGCCACAAUCACCGUCUAUAUCCUUGUAUAGCCAUGUCGGUAAUAGCACAGCUUCCGACGGACCAAUUGUUACCCAGUGCGACGAUCAUCCAUCUGAUGCCGACGACGAGAUGGAUGACUGUGGUUACUCAACAGAUGGUACAAUGUCAUGGCAGCCGCAUGGCGUCACACAGGAUUCACCAACGCAUUCGGCUUCGGCUUCUCUUAGUUCCGUGUCAUGGUCCGACGGUUCAGAGGAUGGCUAUGCCUCUUCUAUCCCCGACGUAGAAAGCGAUGACGGUUAUGAUAAUAUCAACAGUCCCCCUCCAUGUACUCCAACUUCUUCGAAUGUCAGGGUUUUGGGCACCCGGACUGUGAUUACAAAAAAAAGACGGAAUGCAUCAGCUCCGCCCGGGGGUAGCACCAAAAGGCGAAAAUACCUCAGAGACGAGCAGAAAGCUACAACUCGCAAGCCAUAUUUCUCGUCCGGUACUUUCACGCCCACUUAUGGAACCGAUGAUUCUGAAUAUGAGCCAUUGGCAUCUGUCAAAGGAAGGAGUCCCGAUGGACCCAAACAGACAUUAUUUCCCUGCUUACUUGACGGCUGCAGGCAGGUCUGUUACAGUGCUACCGACCUUGCACGUCACCGGCAGUGUCUUAGACAUCGUGCUCCUGAAUAUUCAUGCUUGGGUUGCCGACACCCGUUCACUCGCCCUGAUGCUUUGAAGAGGCAUCUGAAUGGAAAGCCUGCCUGCAAACAGGCGCAUCGAGCGGCUCUGGUUGCUAGCAAGGCAUAG